UCAAUACUGUCUUUUUUAAUCCCCCCCCCUUUUUAAUAAUCUCUUCCUUUGAUCUUGUUACCCAUUGAUACUGUGCUAUUUGUAAUUCUCUUUGCCGCCUCCUAGGAUUUCCUAUUGCUUUCCAGCAUGCCUCUGGAAGCCCGUGUGAAAUCUGUCCUGUCCGGCGACACGGUGGUGCUGUCACAUAUCACCAACCCCGGACAGGAACGCAUCCUCAGUCUUGCAUAUGUCUCAGCACCGAGGCUGCGCAGAGAAGGGGACGAGCCGUACGGUUUCCAUUCCCGUGAAUUCCUGCGCGAGCUCCUCGUCGGAAAGGUAGUCCAAUUCGAGGUCCUGUACACGAUCCCGACCGGUGCAAAGCGCGAUUAUGGUACGAUCAAGCUCCCGACCUUCGACGUUUCGUUGCCCGACAUCAGCGUCCAGGAGGGUUGGACCCGCGUCCGCGAAGAGGCCGGCAAGCGCAGUGACGAGUCCGAGGAAACAGUGGCGUACCUGCAACGGCUCCGCGCAUUGGAGGACCACGCCAAGACGGAAGAGAAGGGUACAUGGGCGGGAUCGGAGCAGGGUCGCACGGAGACCAGCUACGAGGUGUCGGACCCCAAGGCUCUGGUCGAUGAGUGGAAGGGUCAGCACCUCGAGGGUAUCGUCGAGAAGGUCUUCACCGGCGACCGACUGAUUGUCCGUUUGCUUAUUUCCCCGGAGGAGCACCUGCAGGUGGUUGCCGCCAUGGCUGGUGUUCGUGCGCCCUCGACCAAGCGGGUGACUGCCGAUGGCAAGGAGCAGCCUGCCGAGCCCUAUGGCGAGGAGGCGUUCCAGUUCGUUGAGUCGAGAGUCCUGCAGCGCAAGGUCCAGGUGUCGCUACUGGGCGUCACGCCUCAGGGCCAAUUGAUCGCCAGUUUCCUCCACCCCAAUGGUAAUGUUGCCAAGUUCCUGCUGGAAGCCGGUCUUGCUCGUUGCCACGACCACCACUCGGCCCUGCUCGGCGCUGAGAUGGCGUCUUUCCGCCGUGCCGAGAAGACGGCAAAGGAUGCCAGGAAGGGUCUCUUCACUGGUCUGGUUGCCGCCCAGGGUCCUGCAGGCGGGGCCGAGGACUACAUCGUCAGCCGCGUGCUGAACGCGGACACCCUGUUUGUCCGGAAUAAGGCCGGUCAGGAGAAGAAAAUCAGCCUCAGCAGUAUCAGACAGCCCAAGCCCUCUGAUCCCAAGCAGGCUCCCUUCGCCACCGACGCCAAGGAAUUUGUUCGCAAGAAGGUCAUUGGCAAGCACGUCAAGGUUACCAUCAACGGCAAGAAGCCGGCUAACGAGGGAUACGAGGAGAGGGACGUGGCCACCGUCGUCCAAGGAAACACCAACAUUGCUCUGGCCCUUGUCCAAGCCGGUUAUGCCUCUGUCAUCCGCCACCGUCAGGAUGACACCGACCGGUCUCCCGACUACGACGACCUGAUGCUCGCCGAAUCUGAGGCCCAGUCGGAGGGCAAGGGUAUGUGGGCGGCCAAGCCCCCCAAGCCCAAGCAGUACCAGGACUACUCCGAAAGCGUUCAGAAGGCCAAGAUGGAGGUGUCGAUCCUUCAGCGCCAGAAGCGCGUGCCCGCCGUUGUGGACUUUGUCAAGUCCGGAUCCCGCUUCACGGUCUUGGUCCCUCGCGAGAAUGCCAAGUUGACCCUGGUCUUGUCGGGUAUCCGUGCUCCCCGGUCCGCCCGCAACCCUGGUGAGGCGUCCGAGCCCUGCGGCCAGGAGGCUCACGACCUGGCGAACAAGCGCUGCAUGCAGCGUGACGUCGAGAUCGAUGUGGAGACCAUCGACAAGGUCGGUGGAUUCAUCGGUACCCUGUACGUGAACAAGGAGAACUUCACCAAGGUCCUUCUUGAGGAGGGGUUUGCCACUGUUCACGCUUAUUCCGCCGAACAGUCUGGCCACGCGACGGAGUACUUUGCCGCGGAGCAGAGAGCUAAGGAGGCCCGCAAGGGACUCUGGCACGACUGGGACCCUAGCAAGGAUGUCGUGGAGGAGGAGGAAGCUGUCAACAGUGGCACCGGCACGGAAACCGAGGCUUCCUCGCGCCGCAAGGACUACCGCGACGUGAUGGUCACCUAUGUCGACCCGACGAACGCCCGCGUCAAGAUCCAGCAGAUUGGUACCGGCACGUCGGCCUUGACGGAACUGAUGAGUGCUUUCCGUUCCUUCCACAUCAACAAGGCCAACGAUACCCCGCUGCCUGGUCCUCCCAAGGCCGGUGACUUCGUGGCAGCCAAGUUCACCGAAGAUAACGAAUGGUACCGCGCAAAGGUGCGUCGCAAUGACCGCGACAACCAGCAGGCGGAGGUUCUCUACAUCGACUUCGGUAACUCGGAAGUCCUGCCCUGGUCCCGCCUGAGAGCCUUGAGCCAGCCCCAGUUCUCUGUCCAGAAGCUUCGUCCCCAGGCGACGGAAGCGGUACUCUCCUUCGUCCAAUUCCCUGGCUCGGAGGACUACCUCCAGGACGCCGUCGGCUUCAUCGAGGACCAGGCCUACAACCGUGAGCUCGUCGCCAACGUCGACUACGUCUCCCCCGAGGGACUCCUGCACGUCACCCUACUGGACCCGUCCGAGUCGAAGAACCUGGACCACAGCAUCAACGCGGAGAUUGUUCGCGAGGGUCUGGCCAUGGUCCCCCGGAAACUGAAGUCCUGGGAACGGUCUGCCUCGGAGACGCUGUCACACCUUCGCACCGUGGAGGAUGAGGCCAAGCAGGAGCGUCGUGGUAUGUGGGAGUACGGUGACCUUACCGAGGACUAAGGGGAUCAAACAAACCCAAGGUCAUGUUUUGUUAUGAGCGGUGGCGUGGCAGAUGGGGAUGAUGCCUGUACAAAUACCUUUCUCCACGCGGUGCUUUAUGUUGAUUUCCAUGGGCGAUGAAAAAAAAUGUACGGCUUGGGGCAUUCUUCCAUCGAGGUCUCUGAUGAGACGCGCUAGAUUAUUAGUCUAGGAUAUUCCAAUUAUUUC